AAGGGUAAUUACGUCCAUCGAAUAAUUACCAAAUAAAUACGUAGGGUAUUUAUUAGGUCAAUGAUCAAUUAAUUAGAUAAAUGGUAACUCAUGCCACAUAAUAAAAUCGUGUCCAACAAACAAUUGAUAUAUGCCCUGGCCAACAAACAAGCUAUGUGCCCUGGAGGAAAAGGUGGAAGAGAAGGCGGGAGCAAAGAAGCACACCCUGGCCAAAUCACCCUUUUCAGCCAGGGUACAUGCACAAAAAUUGAGGCGUAAGGUCAAGCUGGACGUGGAGAAAUUCACUGGAAAGGAGGAUCCAAAUGUCCACCUUGACACCUUCCACAAUGCAUCACAGAUGGCCGGGUGCACUGAUGCUGAGGAGUGCUUGCUCUUCUUCUCAUCCUUGAGAGGGAGACCAGUCGAAUGGUUUAAUGGCCUUCCCCAUGGCAGGAUUGGGUCCUUUGAGAAACUUGCCGAAGUUUUCCGCAAGAAGUACCAGGAUAAUUGCAUCAAGAGAAAGAAGUUCACUUACCUUAACACGGUAGGGCAGAGGGAGAGGGAGUCCAUGUCUCAGUUCUUAACUCGCUGGAGGGACGAGGUUGACAAAGUAGAAGAGAUGGACGAUAAGACGGCCAUGUCUUUGUUGAUGAAUGCCUUCCGGUCGGGUGACCUCUACACUGAAUUCUGUAGGAGGCCACCCUCCUCUUAUCAGGAAGCCUACAAUACGGCAUGGGAGUAUGCUGAGGCGGAAGUCCUGAACAACAGCAAGCUGGAGCUGGAGGAAGGCUAGCUAUACAAGGGUAAAAGCCGACAAACCAAAGGACGACCAGAUGGGAGGGUCCUAGCCGAGAGCCACAUAUGAUGGGUCUGUUCAUCAUAUCAAAUAAGGGAUGAGAAGAAAGGAGAACAACACAA